CCUUGCUCCGCAGUUGCCAGUGUGCGCGGAGGAGGGGACGGAUCGUUUUUAUUCUUUUCUCGGCGUGGUAUUCAUGCGUAGCGGCGUUAUCGUAGCGAUUAAGUGGAAACUGCAGCGUGAACUCUGCUUCGUGUGUUUGUUCUAGGAAUCCCCGGUUCAACCGAGCUGCCAAAAAAAUGAUCAUCCCGGUGCGGUGCUUCACGUGCGGGAAGAUCGUGGGAAACAAGUGGGAGGCUUACCUGGGCCUGCUGCAAGCCGAGUACACGGAGGGCGAUGCCCUGGACGCGCUCGGGCUGAAGCGCUACUGCUGCCGUCGCAUGCUGCUGGCGCACGUGGACCUCAUCGAGAAGCUGCUGAACUACGCGCCGCUGGAAAAGUGAGAGGAGCCACAGGACCACCGAACACUGACCCGAGCAAACCGGGGUGUGCGUGAUGACCUGGAACACACGCACACAGCCGAAAUGGGGGGCAGCCGUCACAAGCCACUAAUCCUUCUGUUCCCUCAGUUUUACAUUUCUUUCAAGACAUUGAAUUACAAUAUAUAUUAUUUACUGUGUGUUGUCUUUCCUCACGUUUUAGGUUAACAGUAAAAUUUGAAAAUAUGACACAGCUCCCUCGCUUUUAAUGACUUUAUUUCACUCUUGGGCAGGCAUGGGGGCAGUAAAUGGCAGUUCCGGCCCUCGUACAGUAAAAUACAGGUUUUACUGUUUGUUCAUCCAGUCAGAUGGCUAAAUAAAGGGAGUCCUGUAGUUGCAUUUUAGCCCAUAGAAAGCAUGUCUAGUUUUGAAUAUUUAGGCUGUUUCAAUGAUGCAAGAUGCUUCAGAAAGUUUCACUGCACAGAAAGGUCCAAGGGAGGGAGGAGAGUAGCUUCAGUAGGUCAAGCUGCAGUAUGACUGAAGAACCCACUCGCUCCCACCCAGGAUCAGUUCUAUUAUGCACGAUUUACAAAAAAAGAGUAAAAUCUGAUAAUUUCUUAACACAUCUUGUCUUGUGAUAUUGAUCAAAUCUGCCACAAGCUCCGGAGAGAGUAGAUUCAGUGUUGGUAUUGCACCUUAUCGUUCUGGAAGUAAGGAAGCCCUUUCAUGUGCCAGCCGGGUUCUAAAGCACUGCUUUCUCAUUAUAAGUUGGCACAGCCUCUUGCACCUGACGGCAGUGUUAUACUCUUUAUUGUAAUGCAUUUCCAAUGGGGUUGUGCUGCCUGGCUGCUAUGUGUUUUGGUCAAGAAAUAAAACAAUAUAACUGUU